UGCUGCAUGCGGGGAGGCGCCGGCUUGAGGGGGCGGCCCGGCCGCUGCCCGCCCGGCUCGGACUGAGCCCCCGCUUUCGGCUCGGCCGGCGGCUCCCGCCCCCUUGAGCUGCAAGGUGAGAUCGGAGCCCGGCUGUCCGCGGCGCCAUGGACAGCUUCCUGGAGGAUUAUGAGGAGGCGCCGGCGGUGGUAGUGGGGGGAAAGAGAAGGAGGAGGAAGAGGAGCCCCGCCACUCAGGCGGCCUUGCAUCCGCUCCUGCACCUGCCCUUCCUGCCGCCGCAGCCGGUAUCUUCCAAUGAACACAAGUUAAACUUCAAGAAGAGCAAGGAAGCAUGUUUAAGUUACAUUCAGGAUGCCUUGCUCCAAAAGCAGUGGAAAAGGGCUGCAGAGUUCCUGACCUGCUAUGUUGAGUCACUAGAGAAGGACUAUUCCAGAGAACACAUAGGUCCAUCAGAGAUGAUUUGGAGAAUAGGAACUGAAAUUUUGUGGCGUCAUUCCCAAAGCAGGAUGAAAGAGUUCAACUGUUUCAUGGAACAGAUGAAAACUUUAGGAGUAAAAAGGUACUUGAAGGUCUGCUUGGAGCAUGUCUUCCAUCUCCUCUGUAAUGGGCAAAUAGAUGAAGCCUACCAGAACCUGUCCCUGGCAGAAAGCUGGAGGUUUGGAGAGCAAACAGCCAUUCAGGAUAAGGAAAUUAAGCUGAUUCAGGCUUACAGGGGACUCUUGGACUACUGUAGCUGGUCUAAGCAGAAGAAAAUCCUGUUAGAACAUGGUGAGGAUGGAUUUGCAGACUUGGCUGUUGAGCAGGAAAUGCACAGUUACUUCCGGAAGGCAGCAGUGAACUUGAAGGAGAUUAUUAAAAUACCUGGAAUUUGGGAUGUCUUUGUGAAAUGCUAUGUGGAUUUGCUGGAGUUCUAUGGAGAGCACAAUGAGGCCCGCCAAGUGUUAAAUGAAUAUGCCUACAACUCAAAGUUCCCUGCUAACCCCAAUGCCCAUGUCUACCUCUAUCAGUUCCUCAAGAGGCAGGGUGAAUCAAAGAAAUCCCUCAUAUCUGCACUGAAGAUCUUGCAUGAUAUUGUUCCUUCUCAUGAACUAAUGAUAGAUUUUAAUACCAUGCUUCAAAAAUCAAAGAAAAGAAAAAAGUGUCAACUGGGACUAGAAGUUAUUUUUGCAGCCUUGGAUUAUGCUGGCUGGAAAGAAAAUGCAAAAGCAUGGAGCUGUUUGGCAAGACAGGUGAAACAAAUUGUAAUCACCGAGAAGCAUCUUGACUGGAUCCAGCAAGAGUGGAACUCCAGGAAGGACUGGUGGCCAGACUUCCAUUUUAGCCAUUACUUGGCAAAAAGGAAUUGGCAGGAAAAUAAAAGCCUUUCACAUGAAAAAGCUCUGGUGGCUGGAAUCCUGCUGGGAAAGGAUUGCAAAUACUUCAAAUAUGUAUCACACCAAGGCUGCAAAGCUCGGCUGAAAAGGUUUCGGAUGCUGAAGAAGUUUGUGACUAGGCACAAUCCUGUCUACCUGAGAAUAUCUGGUCCUCCAGAUUGCUCUGUUCAGCCUUGAUGAGAAGGUGUCCCUAAGGUUCUUGGUACUUUUUCCUCUCUGUAAAACUGACUUUUGUGUUGGUGGUACUCCAAAACCUUUAGGCAGACCCUAUUGACUCAGUACUAGACUUUUUAAAAACAUAUUUAUGUAAAACCACUUUGGUUGGUAUUUAUUUUAUAAUAAAAUGAAUAUAAAUCAAGUGAUAAUGUCUGAAGAAAGAAUUACAGAAAGAAUUUCUGUAAUGUUACUCUAAUAUUUGUGUGAAAUGCUAACAGUGUUGAUUUCAAAUACAUCUUAAAAGAGCAGAGGCACAGAAAUACUGAGAAAUUCUCUACCUCCUGGAAGAGACUUUUUUUUGCAGUCAUGCCCAUGAGUUGAAAUACGCAGUGUUGCCGUGUUUGGAAAGCAAAUGUUCAUGUGUUAUCACAAACCAGAAUUCCAGUUUCCUUGAAAACAACAACAAAAUGGUUUCCAAAUAAUACUUCUGUUUUAAUGCCGCAUCUGUAGAAUUCUGGAGGGUGAAGUGCUUGAACCUCCCUCUGGGAUUUUGGUCUGGGUUCAGAUAGGUCUUGUGAGAAGUGCCUUAAGACAACGUAUCUUAAACAUUAAGUGAAAUACUUGCUGUAAGUGUGUUUUGUUAAAAGCAAUUACUCAUCAUUCCCAACCCUAGUGCUUGUUUACUUCUGACUCCCUAAGAAUGCUGCUUCCUCACUGUGUAAUAGUCAGGGUGUGUAAGGUUGCACAUGGGGGGUGAGGGGCAAGGAGACAGACACACGACUCACUCCUGAAGUUCAAUGUUCAUAUGGCACAGAGGAAGUUUAUUUUCCCAGGCUACCCUUGAUAAAGACUUUUAAAAGGCCCGGUCUGGAUAUUCUCGUUGGCCUGAACUCCAUGCCCCCUCAGGAUCUGGCCAGUGAAAUGCUUGCAGCUUCAUAAGAGAUCUGAUUGGGAGAAGCCCGUGUUAGUUAAUCCUGGGACUUGGUAGCAAGCUCAUAUGUGCCAUCCGGUAACAUAUCACUCUUCUUUGUUUAAUAAAUUUUGUAAUUUGUUUUCUGUUACUCAUCUGCAAAGGCCCUUUACAAACACAACAGCAACAGCAUGGCCAAAUUUGCAUGGAAGCUGCAGCAUUUCUGUUCAGAAUGUGUUGAGGGAGAACUCAGGCCACGGGCACAAUGCUUAUGUGUUACAACUUAUAAAAACAAAAACCCAUUCAACCUUUAACCCAUUUAUAGAAAAGCCCGGCUAUUAAAGACAACCUGUAACCCAUUUAUCUCUUGAAGAACCCAACACCCAGAAAACAAUCCGUAAACAGAAAAACAGCUGUAAACAGGAAAAUACUUAGUAAACAAUUCAAGUCCUUAUAUUGACUAUCUAUGUGGUAGGUAGUCAUUUGUAAUCCAUGGUUCUGUUGAAGAGACUUCAGAAUGCUGUCCAGUGUCCUUUACCUUGGAUUUCUUAGGAAUAUUGUACUGUUACAUGACUUUUUAUAAAACAUAAGCACAUAACAUCACCCAAAACUCAAAAAGGGGAGGUGUACCUUUCCCCCAACUUUUUUUCCACUUUUUUCUUUGUAUAAUAAGUAGAAAUAGAAAUAAAGCAUGCAUUUCUUAACAGCAUUAAUAAGGUAGGGGGGUUGCUGAAAGGUCUCUUUCUCAUUAUGAGCAAACUUCUGGAAGGCUAUUCCGGACAAAGCCUCUAUGCCUCUCUCAAAAGUAAAAGAGUUAGCCUUUUUGCACAGAAUAUUCAUCUACCUUUUCAUAGAUUGAUCAGGCCAAUGACUUGGUUGGGAGAGAUUCCCUGCAUAAAAACAAGUUUGUAUUAAUAUCCAGUGCAAAAUAAAACGAAAAAAAUUUAACAU